AUGACAGCUAAUAGUUCAACAUCAAUUUUUAAAAAAAUAUUAGAAACACGUUCCAAAAUUAUACAAACAACAAUACUUCAAUAUUUUGGAAAAUGUACCAACAAAGCUGUAGCUCUGCCUGUAAAAGAAACUAAUGUAUUAUCAACAGAAGAUGAAGAUUAUUCAAUUAUCUUAUGUUUGCCAUUUGAUCAUCAAUCCAAUAAUAAUGAAACUUCACGAGUAUCACCAACAGAUUCAGCACUAUCAUCACUCAUACAAAUAUCAACUAUAUCCUCAACUUGCUCGUCCUUAUCAGAAGAAUGA